AUGGCCGAUCCUGGGAACAGAAGAGGGAUCUACUGCCCCCUGACCCUUAUCUGCUCCCUGCUCAUUGUGGGAAUGUGCUGUGUGUCUCCUUUCUUCUGCCAUAGCCAGACAGACCUGCUGGCUCUUAACCAAGCUGAUCCUCAGUGCUGGGAAUCUUCUUCAGUGCUCCUCCUGGAAAUGCAGAAGCCUCGAAUUUCUAACACUGUUUCAGGUUUCUGGGAUUUUAUGAUCUACCUGAAGUCAUCUGAGAACUUGAAGCAUGGGGCACUGUUUUGGGAUCUGGCCCAACUCUUCUGGGACAUCUAUGUGGACUGUGUCCUCUCCAGGAACCAUGGCUUAGGAAGGAGGCAAUUGACUGGGAAGGAAGAGAAAAUUUCGGCAGUGCAUCCACAGCACACAGGGAGAAAACAAGGUACAUAUUCUCAGCAACUAAGAACACCUUUCCUAAAGAAGAAAGAGUUGAUUGAAGGUUUGAUAAGCAUGCACUUGCAUAGGAGUGGGUCUAAGUUCACCGGAAAAGUCACCAGUGGCCUGGAAAUAAAAAGAAAAUAA